AGCGGAAAAAACAUAUGGCCGCACCUCCGCCUCUAGGUCCACGCCAGGUGUCACUCCUCCAGAGUUUGAAAUCUGCACUUGUGCAUGUUGCAUCUUUGGAUAACCAUCCUAUGCCAACAUAUAAAGAGCUCAGGAGCCAUCCCCAAAGGAGAAGGAGAUCUCCAAGACUUUCGCUGGUACUGUUGUCCGAUAACGCAACACCGAAAUGGAUAAUAACAGCGUGCCGCCGCUAACCUCAGCGGAUACGAAUCAGCCACUACGCUUCACGCUGGUUUUCAUCUUGAAUAUCUCUCAAAUGCCGACCACGACAGCCUGCGUCUCUCGCAGAUAAUCGUCUCGUCUUGCCUAGCUGACCGACAGGAACAAUCCCCUGUACAACGGGUCGCCGCAUCGAACUGGUCCACCGGCUGCGUUAUGCCAUAAUGUAACCCCGGAAAGCUCGUGCCCGAGGCUGACUUUGGCCCUGCCACAAGCCCAGCCACGUCGGCCAAUCACCAUACAGGCACAGCUUUUGCCAGAGUCAUGCCUCUGUAUCGGCACCCCCGGCAGAUGACCUCUGCCCUCUGUAUGGACAGACGGGUAGAACCCACAGACGGCGCCAACCCGCCCUUCCCCACGGCCAAUAUAGCAGCAUCGACAUAGUAUUGGCUCGAACUUCAGAGGCGCACUUGGCCCAAUGGAGAUGACUCCGCCGACCUGAUUUAUAGAGGCCUCAUCUUGGCUUCGCCCAGCAUGCGCAGUCGUCCAAUCCACGCGCAGGGUUCGUCUGCCCAGUACAAUAUAUGUCUGUUUCAGCUUUCGGCGGACCCUUCCUACCUGGCACUAGCGGCCACCAACCGCAAAGCUAAAAAAAAUCCUGGGGCGUGAUCAGUUCCCCAGUUGAUGCUUAUGGCGGGCGACAGUCUCACAUGUGUUGGGCGUCCUCAGCGCACGCUCCAGCGUGCAUGCGGUGCGGACGCUGUGACCAGUGGCUCGCUGCAACGCAUGAACCAAUAUAAUUAUCGAGCAGACGCCACUCUGCACUGUCAGAUGGCGGUGAUCUGCUGUUCCUGCGUCUUAUAAGUCUGGCGAUAUUUUCUGUCCUCCUCGCCUUGUCUCGCGCGUCAUUGUCAUUCCAGGCCAAGCUAAACCGCACUUGUGCCCGUUGCGAUCGGCCCGUCCCCCUCACCUGACAGACUUGUCACAAAAAAAGCUUCUUCCUCUUCGAAAGCGUAUACCCGCCAAAUAAAAGAUGCAUUCCCCAUCACUUGUUACUCUUCUCGCCUGCACCGCAACCAUGGCACCCUCCGCAGCCGCAGAUAGAACCGUCGUCGUCGAUGCCUCCGCUGACUGGGGAACCUGGGAAGGCUGGGGUACUUCGCUCGCUUGGUGGGCGAAAGCCUUUGGCGACCGCGACGAUCUAGCUAACCUCUUCUUCACCAAGAACUAUCAAACCUUAAAUGGAAAGAACCUACCCGGUCUCGGCUUCAACAUUGUCAGGUACAAUGCCGGCGCUUGCGCCACCAGGACAUACCACGGCGACUCGAUGGUAGUCUCAUCCAACAUCAAGCCCUCUCGUCAGAUAGACGGCUUCUGGCUCGACUGGGGCAGCCGCGAUCCCACAUCAGACAGUUGGGAUUGGUCGGUCGAUGCAAACCAGCGUGCUAUGCUACAGAUGGCCAAGGCUCGCGGCGCCAACAUUUUCGAACUCUUCUCCAACUCGCCUAUGUGGUGGAUGUGUCUGAACCACAACCCCUCAGGCUCUACCAUUAUCGGCACUGACAACCUGCAAUCUUGGAACUAUGAGAGCCAUGCAAUUUACAUGGCCAACGUGGCAGAGCAUGCCAAGAACAACUGGGGUAUCGUUUUCGACUCUGUUGAUCCUUUCAACGAGCCGAUUUCUCCCUUCUGGCUAAGCUCAGGUAACCAAGAAGGCUGCCACUUUGCCGUCAGCACGCAAAACAAGGUCCUGGGCUAUCUCAAGACACACCUCGACAGCCGCAAGCUCUCCACCUACGUCGCAGCUUCCGAUGAAAAUAGAAUGACAUUUGCUAUUGCCACCUGGUUGGGACUCUCUGGCGCGUCCAAGGAUAUUAUUAAGCGCAUUAAUGUCCACGGCUAUGAGUAUGGCGGCGGCCGCCGUGACUGGCUCUACGACCUGGCACGCGACGCAAAGAAGAAGCUUUGGAACAGCGAAUACAGCGAGGGCGAUGGCUCCGGAAAGCAACUAUUCCAAAACUUGCUGCUUGACUUCGUCUGGCUCCACCCCACUGCUUGGGUAUACUGGCAAGCUCUCGAUAUCUCUGGCUGGGGUCUUAUCGUAGGCGACAACGACGCUCAUACCAUCUCUGGUGCUGCUACCAAAUACUUUGUCAUGGCGCAAUUCUCACGCCACGUCACACCGGGCAUGCGCAUUCUUAGCACCGACAACGACUCUACUAUGGCUGCUUAUGACGCCGAUGCCAAGAAGCUUGUUAUUGUCUCCGCAAACUGGGACGGUGCACAGCAGAUCACAUACGACAUCACCAAGUACGGCAAGCAUGGCGACGACGGUGCCACUGUUGCGCGAUGGUCGACAAACACUGGCGGUGGCGAUGAGUACGCUUCCUACAACGACAUCAAGAUCUCUGGCGGCAAAUUCACUGUUCCAUUUGCCACAAACCAAGUCCAGACUUUUGAGAUUUUGAACGUUGCUUAACUGAGAUAACGAGUUUGGUGUAGUUAGUGUCCAGUGUAUGGCGCGAUCAUGAGAAACGAAGUUAAUACGGCAUAAAGUCAUAUUUCUUAUAUAUAGUCUUGUAUAGCAUAGUAAAUAUAUUAAUAACGACCCUAAUGAAGCCAAUUCAUUCACUCUGCCGCUAUAACCGGCCCGCACCAGCAAGCGGCGUGGUCAAAAAUACUAACAAAACAGCAAGAUUUAAAUUUUACUAACUUAUAAGCUCCAGUUUCUUUUCUAUAAAGUUCUUAAAAUAAUUGAUAAAUAGUUUGCUGCAUUUAAACAUAUGUGUC